GUCAUACUAAUAUUUAUCGUUCUUGUUGGAAGAACUUCGAAUCCAAAAAAAAAAAAGAAAGAAUUUGAUUCCAAGAACCCGUGAGGAAGUAAUUGACAUCUAAACCGAGUGAAGAGAAGACGACAAAGAAAAAGUUUAGGCACAUUUUCCCACACAAUUUUUCUCAAAGAGGAGACAUUAUUUAUCUUCGUAUGGAUGGGUUUUCUUGAUUAGAUUAGAUCUUGAAGGAAUCUUUUCUCAUUUUGUGUCUUUUUCUGUCUAUAAAGAUCCAGAGCUUUCCCUUGUCUUCUUUCUCACAAGAGAAACUGAAAAACGUUUUGAGUUAUUGAAAGAGAGAGAGAGACUGAGAGAGAGAGAGAUUGAGAAGAUGUUGGAAGGCAAAGCCAUGGUGGAAGAUUCAGAUAUGCCAGUGAAAAUGCAGAUGCAAGCAAUGUCUUUUGCUUCCCAAGCUCUUGAUCUUUAUGAUGUCUUUGACUGUAAAGCCAUUGCUGGUCACAUCAAGAAGGAGUUUGAUGAGAUAUAUGGGAGUGGAUGGCAGUGUGUGGUGGGAUCAAAUUUUGGGUGUUUCUUCACACAUUCUCAAGGGACUUUUAUCUAUUUUCAAUUGGAGAAACUUAAGUUCCUCAUCUUUAAAGGCGCUUCUUCUACUCCUUAAUUACACAACCCUACUAAUCAUGCGGAUGCUUUUUUUUCCUCCUUUUGUUUCUAUGAAAAUCAACUUUGUAAGACCUAUAUGAAGAUCGUAGCUUUGUUUGAAUUCUAAGUCUGUAAAUAGACCCAAGAGUGGAAGUUGAUUCAAUGA